GGUCCCCCUGUGUUGCCCAGGCUGGUCUUGAACUCCUGGCCUCAAGUGAUCCUCCCGCCUCAGCCUCCCAGAAUGCUGGGAUUACAGGCGUGAGCCACCACACCCACCCAGGGCAUUCAUUUUCAAGGAUGGGUGCACUUCCUCCAGCCAGUGAUGGCUGCCGUGUGUGAAUUUUGUUUCUCUGUGAUUGCUUAUCAGCCGUAGGGGUAGGGCUUGCAGUUAGAUUCAGGGCUCGCCUGGCCCUGGGAGCACGAGGCUGAGCUCUUCUCUAGAUUCAUUCAGGGUAGCAAGGACAAUUGUGGGGAACAUCCAGAGGAAAACGUUUAGAUCCACAGACUCCGAGAAGCGCUGUGUGAAGACGUGGCAGCUCGUGUGGUCUGGAAAUUGUUUGGGAGAACACCUGGAGACCCGUUAGCUGGUGAGAUGCCUGUGAAUGUUGUCGCCUGUCCAUGGAAGACGCUGAAGCAGCUUUGGAUGACCACACUUGCUGAUCAGCUCCCGCCGGGGACCACUGUGAUGUUCUGAGAGUUUUUAUGUUUAUGUCUCGGAAUAGGCGCCUUGAAUGAGCCUUCUCAGGACUUCCCAGGACUUUGUGUGUGGGGUGACCUCUGACCUUCAGAUACCCCAGGUUUCUGGAAGAUGCCUUUCUCCAUUGUCCUGGAUUGGGGCUUUCCCAGCUUUACCUAUACCUGGGAGGCACGAGUAGCCAGAUGAAGUCUUUCUGGUCUUGCUGGUCAGAGCCAGGAGGGCCAGUGCCCAGUCCAGGAGCCUCUCACAGGCCUCGAGCAGCCCAUCUGGGCAUGGCCUUUCCUUGGCGUUUUCCUCUUGGUCUUGGCCUUCCUGCCCACCAUGAGAGUGGGCAGGAGAGUGCCCAUCGCCAAGGAGGCGGCUGGGUCUUUUCCACUCCCCAUGGUAGGGAGCCAGCUGUCCCCAUGCCCUCACCCUAGUGAAGUGGCUGAAUUCCCGGGAUUUAUCACAGCUCUGUUCUGUGAUCACAGGAGCCACACCUUCCCGGGGAGUCUGCCCAGACAGCAGGGGGGUGGGAGGAGCCGUUGAACAGAACUGGCAUCCUGAGAGGGACACAGGAGUCUGCCUUUAGAGUCUUGUGCUAUCUUGAGCAGCACUCUGUCACUUCCAAGAUGUGUGGACAUCAUGCUGUGUGUAGCACAAGGAUUGGAACUCACUCAUACGGAUCUUACUUUCCAGGAGCACUGGAUUUGAGCAGCUUUGAGACGUGUCCUCCUGCAGGGCUGCUGUGCCCUUUCUCUGGGUCCCUUACCCUCUGCCUCCCUUCCUGCUGGGUCCUCUGUCUUCCCAUUUCUGCUUCCCCAGGGCCAAGAGGGUGCUGGGCACGUGGUGGCCCCUUCAAUGACUGUGCACAUUUACCUGAAGGGACAGAGGGUUAUCUUUAUAUUUCAGGCGAGCCCACACCUUAACAGUGCUCUUCAUCCUCACCUGUACGCUUGGCUAUGUGACACUGCUGGAGGAAACACCUCAGGACACAACCUACAACACCAAGAGAGGUAUUGUGGCCAGUAUUUUGGUUUUCUUAUGUUUUGGAGUCACACAAGCUAAAGACGGGCCAUUUUCCAGACCUCAUCCAGCUUACUGGAGGUUUUGGCUCUGCGUGAGUGUGGUCUACGAGCUGUUUCUCAUCUUUAUACUCUUCCAGACUGUCCAGGAUGGCCGGCAGUUUCUGAAGUAUGUUGACCCCAGGCUGGGAGUCCCACUGCCAGAGAGAGACUAUGGGGGCAACUGCCUCAUCUAUGACCCAGACAACGAGACUGACCCCUUUCACAACGUCUGGGACAAGCUGGAUGGCUUCGUUCCCGCGCACUUUCUUGGCUGGUACCUGAAGACCCUGAUGAUCCGAGACUGGUGGAUGUGUAUGAUCAUCAGUGUGAUGUUCGAGUUCCUGGAGUACAGCCUGGAGCACCAGCUGCCCAACUUCAGCGAGUGCUGGUGGGACCACUGGAUCAUGGACGUGCUUGUCUGCAACGGGCUGGGCAUCUACUGCGGCAUGAAGACCCUCGAGUGGCUGUCCCUGAAGACGUACAAGUGGCAGGGCCUCUGGAACAUUCCAACCUACAAGGGCAAGAUGAAGAGGAUCGCCUUCCAGUUCACACCCUACAGCUGGGUUCGCUUCGAGUGGAAGCCGGCCUCCAGCCUGCGUCGCUGGCUGGCCGUGUGUGGCAUCAUCCUGGUGUUCCUGUUGGCAGAACUGAACACGUUCUAUCUGAAGUUUGUGCUGUGGAUGCCCCCGGAGCACUACCUGGUCCUCCUGCGGCUCGUCUUCUUCGUGAACGUGGGUGGCGUGGCCAUGCGCGAGAUCUACGACUUCAUGGAUGACCCGAAGCCCCACAAGAAGCUGGGCCCGCAGGCGUGGCUGGUGGCGGCCAUCACAGCCACGGAGCUGCUCAUCGUGGUGAAGUACGACCCCCAUACACUCACCCUGUCACUGCCCUUCUACAUCUCCCAGUGCUGGACCCUCGGCUCCGUCCUGGUGCUCACCUGGACCGUCUGGCGCUUCUUCCUGCGGGACAUCACUUUGAGGUACAAGGAGACCCGACGGCAGAAGCAGCAGAGCAAGGAUGACCAGGGCAGCGCCGUCGGCAACGGGGACCAGCACCCGCUGGGGCUGGACGAAGACCUGCUGGAGCCUGGGGUGGCUGAGGGCGAGGGGGCACCAACUCCAAACUGACCUGGC